GAUUGGUACGAGCUGGGGCCUGCCCGCAGAGUGGGAGCGGCCACCGCUGGCUCCCGAAGGGCUCCGGGGUGCUGCCCCAUCCCUCGGCCUCGCUGGUGACCCGGGGCGGGGUGUUGGGUCUCUCUCAGCGCAGAGGCCAUGAAGAUCAACCAGAACACGGUGCUGCAAGGACAGAGGGUGACCCUGGUGCCAUACACAGCUGCACACGUACCCCGGUACCAUGAGUGGAUGCAGUCAGAGGAGCUGCAGCGCCUGACGGCCUCUGAACCACUCAGCCUGGAGCAGGAGUACGAGAUGCAGCGCAGCUGGCGGGACGAUGCAGACAAGUGCACCUUCAUUGUGCUGGACACGGAGCGGUGGUCUGGGCAGGCAUGUGCGGAUGAGGACUGCAUGGUGGGGGAUGUGAAUCUCUUCCUCACUGACGCUGAGGAUCCGACUUUGGGCGAGAUUGAAAUUAUGAUUGCAGAUCCCAGCUACCGAGGCAGAGGGUUUGGCAAGGAGGCGACUCUGAUGAUGAUGUCCUAUGGAGUGAGAAACCUGGGCAUCACCAAAUUUGAGGCCAAGAUUGGUCAGGAAAAUGAAGCCAGUAUCUACAUGUUCAAAAAGCUUCAUUUUAAGGAGGUUGCUGUGAACAGCAUUUUCCAAGAGGUGACGCUGAGGCUGGAUGUCAGUGACCAGGAGAGAUGGUGGCUCCUGGAGCAGACAAACCACGUGGAGGAGAAGAGCUACGUUGAACUGAAGCUGCCAGCUGGGGUGCUGCAGACCUGACAGACACAUCCAGACACAGGCCCAGUUUCCAGGGAGGAGUUGGACGCUGUUGUGAGGUCUGGGUGUGGAGGACACCACUGAGCCAGUGCUGCACUUGACUGUUUUCAUCUGUCUCCUUUGUCAUCUUGUCAACUCUGCACCUUGUUGCACCAGCCAGGAAUACUGCCUGAAAUUUGGACCUGGAGAACAGCCACUAAUUCACAGGCUUGGCUAGGAAUGACUAUAACCUUAACAUGCUGUUCCAGCAGAGCCUAAAAUCACCACUGGUUAAUUGAUUCCUGGUGCCACCAGUUUCUGGACAAGCAGCACCCACUGUUCCUUCUUCCGCUGCCCCUGGAACAGGAUUUCUCAGUUCAACAGAGGCAGUCUCAGUACUCUGGUAGCUCAGACUGUUUUGAAUAAAAACAAAUUACAAAGAUCUGAGGUGCCCGAGCAUGAUCUGGAAGCAGUGAGGCUCAGCUGCUCACUGGCUGCUGAAAAGGUGGUUAGAUGUUGUAAAGGACAGCAGACACUCUUUAAACCCUAUUUUCUGGGGUGUGGUGGGUUGCAAGGAGGGACAUUGCUGGGUCCUGGAAGUGAGCCCAGCCAAAGGGCAAGUUAACACGAUGAAAAUUACUGAUACCAGCCCAGUGAGACUAGAGCAGAGCCUCGCCACGAUCGCUGCGUAAUGGUGGGGCCAGCAGCUGCAGGAGGCUGCUGAGACAAAAGCCCUUGAGUUUCAGGGCUGUGCUUUGGACCUGGAAACCUCAGGCCAUCAGUGAAGGGAUAUCACACUUCAUUUUACCAGGCUGCUUUUAUGAACGUGAGGAGGAGGAGAACACGACUGAAAUAAGACAGAAUAGUGAUCUCUGCUUCAAGGAGCUCAGGAAUUGCUCUGCCGAGCUUGGGGGCUCCGUUUGCUGCUCUCCAGUAAGAUCAGUGGGGGGAAAAACACCUCUUACUGGGGGCAGAUACAUUUAGGAUAGGAACUAGCCAGCUCGUCUCCGCUGUGACCAAGAUCUGUGGCUGAAGAGGCAGCACUUGCCUGACUCCCACUGGACAGAUUUUUUAAUGCAGUUAUUUAGCCUGACCUUCCCUGCCCUGCGCAGCGUGCUCUCCACAGCAGGGAAGCUUGUAAGAGGAGAGGACAGAAGGUAAGGAGGAUAACUGGCAGUCCUGUGUGUUUUCCCCCUAUAAUAGCCAUGAUGGCUAAUUCUAGACCAGAAGUUCUUUGUUCCAAUUAUGCAGCAUCAGGUAAUAGCUUUCAGAUUUGCCCAAGGAUGUUUUUAUCAGAGACUGGUAGACUGUGGAAUUUUUAGUGUUGGUAUGCCUGUAUUUUUAGGACCUGUGGGUUUUAGUUUUCCAAUUUUAGUUAAUUUAAAUACAUCAUUCCUGUAACUAAUAUUAAAACCAGGCAUGGGAACAGCAUAUCAUGGUAUUUUAAACAAGUAUUUAGAGUGGAUUUAGUUGUAGCAAAAGCUUAGUGUGGUAAUAAAAUGAAGAGCAGCUCUACUUCCAGCUGGGAUUACCAUGACAAGGGCUACUAAUCCUCCUGCUCUCAGUCACCUGCUGCAGGCAGGGAUGGAUUCUGUCCCCCAGAAUGAGAUUUGCAGAACCUGCCGGGUGAGCUGCUGGCUCUCUGCUACUUCCCUGGAGUGUUUCAUCCCUCUGCCAGAGGAGCAAGGUCGACUGGCAGGAGAGAUGUAGCUGGGGUCAGACUUGCUCCCCUAAAAAGGGACCAAGGUGGGAAAAAUAAUUUCUUUUAAUCUCUGCUGCCAGAGAUGAGGGGGGCAUGGUGAAAGUGUGCUGCCCUCCCCAGCCCCGCUGCGGCUGCCUGUGCCUGGCCGGUUGCUCCGGAGCCAGCGAGUGCCCUGCUUGGCAUCCCUGGUCCCCCAGCAACGCCGGCACGUUCCCCGCCUCCAUGGGCGGCUGGGAAAAGCCUUCACCCUGGCAACCCGAAACAAAGUUGAGUCUGUCCCUGAGCUAUAGCCCUCCCCCGGGGUUGG